AUGUCUGAAUCCUUCUAUACAUCGUCAUCGGCUUCAACUUUCCCUAACGCUGCAGCAACAUCUACGCCUCCUCCUUCGUCCCCUAUCACAGGCAGCGCACCUCCUCCGCCCCCGCCGAAACCAGUCUCGCAUCUCAACAGCCAGGCUCAAAGCGCCAAUGCAAGCCGCACUGGUACUCCCGCGCUCUCGUCAACACCGACAGCUGCUGGACCGGGUGUAACAAACUCUCCUCGACCACAACCUCCUGUCCCAAACGCACAGCCGUCUUUCACCGCAGCCCCAUCACAAUCGCAGCCACCAUAUGAACCUAUUCCACCCCCAUCGUUGUCCGACCACUGGAUCCCACCUCAACUGCAGGAUAAACCUAUCAAUGAACUCCACACGCUCGUCAACAAUCCAUCCUUGGUGGCAUCGAUAGCCUCGACGCAUCCUUCCUACGCAUCGUCUCUCGGCCCUCUUCAGGCCGCGAUCAAUGCCAAUAUCCAACUAGCACAGCAAGUGUCUCAGGUCGAAAACCAACUACGCCAACUACGAGACGAAACUGGCCAACUUCUACUCAAACAUGCCUCACUGCAAGCACAAUGGAGGAGAAAGCAAACUGAAAUGGAUGAUGCUCUGUCUCCGUGGGGUCCCCGACAAAUGUAUCAAAGGCUUGUGUCGAGUAUAAGUGAGCAAGAGGCGUUACUUAGAGCCACGCAAGAAAGUUUUCUCGAAGGCUCAACCAGUGACACGGCGCAUGGCAAGGCUAGUGAGAAGGAGGUCAAUGACUGGGUACGAAGGAUAAGAGAAGGUUCUACGACACUGGAGAAGAGGAGAGAGAUGAGGGCCAGAUGGGAUGAAGGUAGAGUUGGGGGAUGGAGAUGA